AUGGCCACCAAUCAGCACCCACUACCGCAGUCCCGCAACAGCGACCCCGGGUGGAUGGGAGGACCGGGAACAGCGACCCCGGCAGGACGGGAGGACCCAGAUAGCGACCCCGGGAGGACCCAGAUAGCGACCCCGGCAGGACCGGGAACAGCGACCCCGGCAGGACGGGAGGACCCAGAUAGCGACCCUGGGAGACAGCGAGCCUGGCUAGACGAAAGGAACCUGUCAGCGGCCCCGUCAGGACGGGAGGACCGGGAACAGCGGCCCCAACAGGACGGGAGGACGAGCCAGAAACCCUGGCAGGAUGGGAGGACCCAGACAGUGACCCCAGCAGGACGGGAGGACCGGGACAGUGACCCGGCAGGACAGCACGACCGAGACGGCAAUCCUGGCAGGCCGGGAAGGGCCGGACAGCGAGCUCAAGCAGGACAGGAGGACCAACACAGCGAUCCUGGCAGGCCAGAAGGACUGGAAACAGCGACCCCAACAGGCCGGGAGGACCGAGACAGCGACCCCCAACAGGCCGGGAGGACCGAGACAGCGACCCCAACAGGCCGGGAGGACCGAGACAGCGACCCCAACAGGCCGGGAGGACCGAGACAGCGACCCCAACAGGCCGGGAGGACCGAGACAGCGACCCCAACAGGCCGGGAGGACCGAGACAGCGACCCCAACAGGCCGGGAGGACCGAGACAGCGACCCCCAACAGGCCGGGAGGACCGAGACAGCGACCCCAACAGGCCGGGAGGACCGAGACAGCGACCCCAACAGGCCGGGAGGACCGAGACAGCGACCCCAACAGGCCGGGAGGACCGAGACAGCGACCCCAACAGGCCGGGAGGACCGAGACAGCGACCCCAACAGGCCGGGAGGACCGAGACAGCGACCCCGGCAGGAUGGAAAGAACUCAAACAGCGACCCUGGGUUCCACCCUCUCCAAAUAAUGAGGACCAGGAGUGCCUCUAG